AUGGCCCUCAUGGCCCAGGGUGACAAGGCGGCUUUAGAUAAAUUUUUAGAAUUUUUCAUCAGAACACACAAAGAAUAUUUAGAUUUAGAAUUUAAAUAUUUAAACCAAGGAUUUUGUGAAGAAGGACCUCAUCUGACGUUACUACCUGAGAGAAUACUGGAAGUUAUAGGAAAUUAUUUAUUAAAAUCUACUGAUGAGUUUAUUAAUAGUUUUGAUAUUGAUUCCCUCAGCUUCGUAGAAUCUCUGGUUAAAUGUCUUAUUAUUAUCUGUAGGAACUAUGAUAAUGUUCCGUUGGUGGCCUCAUGUGAUUUUGUUGCUCAUACUGUUUUGAUAUCUUCAUCUACCAUUGAUAAGAUUUGUAAAGAACCAGGAGAAGAAAAAUACCCACAGCCUAAAUUGUUAUCUUUUAUUCAACAUGUUACACAUUUUUUAGAGUGCCUUUACGACCCCUAUUUUGUUUGGAGGAAAAGAUUGAAAAGGUGGAAAAUAGACAAAUCUCAAUUUGAAUAUAAACCAGCUUUUCUACAUAAUGAAGUUGUUCCAUUUUUUCAUGAAUGUUUCCAAAAAGAAAACCUGCCAACCACCAUUCAGAUUCAAGUUUUACAUUUAUUUGGUGCCAUAAUAUCAGGGGUCCUACAUAAUGCCUUAAAAGCGAUAACUCCUGCCACAUUAGAUGUUUUAUUGACUGUGUUAUCCAGUGAAAGAGUGGGAGAAGCUGAUUCUAACCAGGAUUUUAUUAGACUAAAGGAUCUAGUCUUGAAAUGUAUUGUAAGAUUGGUGCAUGUUAUACACUGUUGUAGUCCUGAUCAGCGUCAGAUAGAAGUGAGUGAAGUUAUGGAAGGGUAUAUGAAUGUUUUACAGAAUAUACAAUCACACCUCCCUAAUGAUAGUCAACUUCAACUUACAAUGAUCUCAACUGUAAAUGAAAUGUUAGGUUGUAAUGAUAGAGAUACACUACAGGUUCUACUCGUUAAUGAUGGAACUUUUCAUUCCUUUAUAUCAUUAUUACAUCAAACUACUUUAACUGGUAAAAGUGCUCAACAUUUAGCUAUAUCUGUGAUUCAAGUUUUACAAACUAUUUUAUAUGGUUCUCAGCAGGCCAAGAGUGGUGUGGAUUAUAUCAAAUUUCUAGAAGCCUUAAAAAGUUUGGGUGAACCAUCACAAGAAUUACUGUGUUCUCUGUUAAAUUUGGUUGUAGAAGAUUGUUAUGUAGAAAAAGACAAAUUUAUCGUGCAUAAUACCCAAGUUGGUGUGAUAUUACUGCAAUGGCUGCCUGAUAUUCACUCACAUGAUCUCCAAAUAUGGUUGUCAAAUGAGUUAAAAUGUCUGUGUGGAUGGGGACAUAGAAAUCGUAUGAGUUGUUGUACCAAUGGUAUGGUCGGUACAAUAUUGUCUGUUUUAAAAAGACGGAAACAAAUAGUUCAUAAAGCAGUCAGAAAUUUAAUUAAGUUGCUGGAGUCAUUAGGAACGUACAGUAUUCAAAGCGACGAAAUCAAACAAUUAAUAUCAUUAUUGAGACUGGAUGAUGAAGGUUUACAGAUGCCAUACUGUACUAGAAUAAUGCGAGCAAUAUCAACAAUGGCCAGACGAGACGGAAAGGAUGGUGCAUUACAUUUUUUUGACAUUCAACACAAAUCAGAUGGUAUUGUAUUACCAAGUAUAAAGAAAUGGCCAGGUCCUGGUUACACGUUUCACUGCUGGGUUUGUCUUGAUACAGAACUAGAUUUAUCAGCUUAUCAACUCCCAAAAACUUUAUUAUUCCGUCGUCAGCUAUAUAAUUUUACAGGUUGUCACGGUAACGGAAUAGAAGCUUUUAUAACCCCAGCUAAUGUCCUGGUUUUAGCUGUUUAUAAUAAAAAAGAGUAUUUUACUGUUUCUGUUGAUGAUUUUCCUAUUACAGAUAGUCAUUGGCAUUCCAUAGAUAUAAGUCACACAAGUUCCAGAAGACCAUUCACUCAGAGUCAGAUUGCAGUAUAUAUUGAUGGCCGACAAAAACUCUUGACACAGUUUAAAUUUCCCAAUCUUGCUGAGUCAUUAACUAACAAUAGAAUUGGUUCACCAGGUGGCACUACUGUAGAUGAUCUUUACCUAGAAUCACCUGCUACCACUCCAACAGCCGCUGAACCUAAACUACCCUCAACUUUUAAACGUUUCUUUAACGUGGGUGGCAAGUCAACAUCUGUACAAGCCAAUAUGAAUGGGAUACCAACAGGUUUACAAGAUGAUAUUCUAGGACCAGCUAUUCCACUUCAUGGUCAAAUAGGGUCCAUCUGUAUCUUUCAUGAUGCCAUUUCUCAUAAUCAGGCCAAGAGUUUAUUUUCUUUUGGACCCAAUCACAUGUCAUUGUUUGAUGGAGUAACUGAUCUUCAGGAUUUACCCAAUAAACUAGUCUGCUAUUACAACGCUAAGGCAUGUAAAGAUGAUAUAUGUGUCGAUUUAUCAUAUAACAGACAUCAUGGUCAGUACAGUGGUAAUAAAUGUGUCACUUGGGAUAUCAAGGAUGUUAUAAACUGUAUUGGUGGUGUUCAAGUAUUGUUUCCUCUGUUAGAACAUGUUGAUAAAAUAUUACCUAGUAAACCAGAUACCCCGGAUUCUAAUAAAACUAUCAUGGAUACCUCCACCCAUGAAGAAACAGAUGAAUGGGUCGUUGUUCCUAGUAGUUCUUAUGCUGAUUCUAAACUAGAACAGAAUCAGGUGGCAGCAUUCCUCACCAUGAUUCGGAGCAUACUACACACAAAAAUUGUCAAUCAGGACCAUUUUGUCUUUAAUCAGGGGGCUGCUACUAUUGGUGCUCUUUUACAAAAGGUUGAUCCGAAGCUAAUAGAUGUAAAUGUAUUGAUGGCCGUACAAUUGUUAAAAGAAUCAUUUUUUCAUAAUAAACAGUUACUCUACCAUCUUUAUCAAUAUGUAUUGUUUGACUUUCGAAUCUGGAGUAAGAGUGAUUUCCCUGUCAGAAUUGGUCAUAUCCAAUAUUUAAACACCAUAAUAAAAGAUGAUAGGAAAUAUUUCCGUAAAAAAUAUGGCGUGCAAUAUAUAUUAGAUGUUAUUAAAACAUAUUAUAAUAAUAAAGAAGAAGAUGGUAAAACUAUACGUGUUUCAUUGAUAAAUCUGAUUAAAUAUUAUAUAACUCAUGAUAUCACAGGGGAUGAAUGCUCUCAACUUAUUGCCUUUUUAAUCACUGUUAAAGAAGAAGUUUUGUUAUGUGAAAUGUUAGAUUUGUUUUUAUCUUUGUUAACCAGCCAGAGAAAAUAUGAUCAGUUUUUUUUAAUCAUGUUUGAACCUGAGAUGGCUGAGCUGAUCUAUGUUCUACUGACCUACGAAAAUUACUCUGUUGUUUUUUAUGAAAAAGUUGUUAAAGUUUUAUAUUAUCUGUUAAAAUCUGAUAAAGUUUAUGAGAAGAGUAAAAACAGAUUACGCCUAGCUGAUGUCGGCCAUCUUGGAUUGGUUUCUAUGAUGUCUGAAUAUGAUAUUAAUACUCCAAUGUUUAAAAAAUUUGUAGAGCAGGUUGCUCUCACUGAUUCGCCACAAAGUUACAUGUCAAUCCUAGCAGUGGUAACUUUGAUACAUAAUAGUGGUCUGGAUGUUAAAUUAGAGGCCAGUAGGCAGCUUUUAUCAAUUUUGGUUUCAAAACCAUCUGCUGCUAAACUCAUCGCUAGACAACUUGGUUGGCAGGAAUCGAUCACACGUCUAUUUGGAAUGGAAACAAAGGUGAAACCUCGCGAUGAAAACAAGGACACCCCUCAAUCUCACUCUGUUUUGUCAAAAUUAGAAGAGGAAGUUGACUCGAAUAUGUCAGAUGAUGUAAUAGAUUUAUUGGGGAUGAAAUCAGAUAUCAACAAACAUUGCCAACAGAACGAUAUCAACAGUAUACAGUGUACUUCUACACCAGUGGCUAUAAAUAGUAACAAUUCAAAUCGGCCUAUAGAUCUAGAUGUACAAGAAGUAAAUUUUGAUUUGGAAGAUCUACCAUCAAAAUCUCCUGGUACUCCAAUGUUUUUGGCAGCUCAGCAAUUUGAAGAUCUAAAUUGUUCUGAAGAUGAUCGAUCCACCAUGAGUCGAAGUUCGAGUGCAAGUAUUGAGGAUUUAAGUGCAAUAGGUCAGAGACGGGACCGACAGAAUUCUUUAAGUCAAAGUCGAAGCAGUUUUUCAAUCUACUCAAGUGACAGUAACUCAGAUUUAAAUUUAGCUGCUGCUCCAUCCAGACGUGACUCAAUGAUCCAGUCUGAAAAUGUUCAACGUGCAUUGGAUAAUCUGGGCUUACAGAGAAUUUAUAUUAAAGAUACAAUUGAACAGUCAGAAGAACUCUGUCAAAAUCUUUUAAUUGUUUUAUUGACUUUGAUGUGGAAAGGGGUAGAUAACUCUGAUCCUAAUGCUUGGAAGGAGAGAGGUCAAGUUUUUGCAUCACUAGAUAUUAUAAACUGUAGUCAUGUUUUAGUUCGACCUAAAGAUGAAUUAAAACGUCGUCUGUUGGAGAUGAUGCUUCAUUCCUGUGCUUCUGAUAUCAAUGAUUCAGCCCAAGCUAUGGCCUCCCACACUAUGAAUGCUCUACAACUAAUACAGAUUGUUCAUCAUUUCCUAACAGACGCCGAGGAGGACCCCAGUGACCUGAGAUACAGUGAACGGAUAUUGGAUGAAUCUAUGUCAUUGUUAGAUAUAUUUGGUGUAUGGGAUGUAGAACUAGCUAGUAGGUGGAAAGAAAUGGUCCACCUUGGUCUAAGUAUAUUAUUACAAUGUGCUAAACAUCAUACCCUUGACUUAUGUGCUGUGGCCACGGCUAAACUUCAUAUGUUAGUUCAAACAAAACUUAUCAGUAGCUCUGCUGAAGCUUCUUUUCUGAUUGGUUCUUUAAAUACCAUGAUAUUACAGGCUGUUCGAGAAAAUACAGACAACUAUUCCUUUUUAAUCCCAGUUUUAAAAGCUUUGAUAGACAAAGCUCAUGAUUUGAUGAAUUUAGACAAUUACCUCCCCUCUUUACCAUCGACCAAUCAGAGUCCAACAUUCUUCGAUGAUUUUAAGACAUAUUGCCAAUCUGAAGAGUGGAAAACUUUUAUACAGAAUUAUAUCAAUCCCCAGAUGUCUCAUUUUAUGGAGUUAAGUUUUGAAGAGAACCAGGUAACAGUGGGACAGUAUUGGAUGGAUUGUCACGAGGCCAUGAUGAUCAAUGUCCAUAAACGGAAUCUUGAGAUCGGCAAUAGUCGACUGAAAUUUCAGAGUCAGAUAGUUGAUGUGUUUAGAUUAAAAUCUGCUCAAGAAAUAAAACGAUUUCAUAACGUCACAGCCCAGCUUCGUAAUCAACAUUUAUCUACCUUACGCAAGUGGAGAGCAACUAAACGUUUUUUCACUGGUGAACGGGGAGCAUGGAAGGACAGAACCGAUGAAGAAGUACAUCAUUGGAAACUGUCGAACCAGGAGAAUUUCUCCAGGAUGAAAGUUAAAAUGAUUCAGAAUUAUAAUUUUGAUCCUCAUAUCGGUGCUAGUAGUCAAAGAGAUAACAUAGGGAAGGGUCCAGGUCAGCAUUAUUCAGGUGAUGAAUUCCAGUUUAGGGAGGAAGGGGUCUAUCAAUGUUUUGAUAUGUCAUUUUUCCUCAUCAUUCAAGUCAAAACAGGAUUGACAGAAGCUGAAUAUCAACAAGAGCUACAAAACUUGAAGGUUUCCAAGGAAGCACUGGUAUCCAAGGAAAAUAUAGCAGACGAUGGUUUAGGAGAUGAAGAUUGGAAUGUCAUCAGCUCUUCAAGCACUGCCCAAGAAGAGUUCUCUGGUAAGGAAAAGUUGGUGUUUUCAGAGGAUUGUGACCUUGUGACUCUGGUAGAGGUCAUUAAAGGUCGUUUAGAGGUCACAACAACACAUGUUUAUUUCUUUGACUGCAGUCUCAAUAAAUCAGAAGGUGGAGAAGAUUUUAAGUGGGCCUUAAAUCAACUAAGAGAGAUACAUUUUAGACGUUACAAUCUACGCCGUAGUGCUUUAGAGAUGUUUUUAAUUGAUCAAACUAACUACUUUCUUAAUUUCACCGAGAAGAGAGUUCGUAAUAAAGUCUACAGUAGAAUAUUGAGUCUCCGUCCCAGUAAUUUGAAUUAUUAUGGAACACGAUCACCAGCUGAACUUUUGAGAGCAUCUGGUCUAACUCAGAAAUGGGUGAAUUGUGAGCUGUCUAAUUUUGACUAUUUGAUGCAGUUGAACACGAUAGCUGGUAGAACAUAUAAUGAUCUUAGCCAGUACCCUGUGUUUCCAUGGAUACUGAAAGAUUAUACGUCUGAAAGUUUAGAUUUAAGCAAUGAAAAUAUUUACAGAAAUUUAUCCAAGCCAAUGGGAGCAGUUAAUCCUAAAAAUGAAGCUGAUGUUAUAGAGAAAUAUGAAACAUUUGAAGACCCGAGUGGUACAAUAGAGAAAUUUCAUUAUGGUACUCACUAUUCCAAUGCGGCUGGUGUUAUACAUUAUAUGGUUAGAAUGGAACCCUUCACAACUCUACACAUACAGUUACAGAGUGGCAAGUUUGAUGUAGCUGACAGGCAGUUUCAUUCCAUUCCUGGUAGUUGGCAGUCACCAUGGGACAACCCUAACGAUGUCAAAGAAUUGAUUCCAGAAUUCUUUUACUUGCCAGAAUUUCUGCAAAAUAUUAACGAUUUUGAUUUGGGUAAACUACAGUUAACUAAGGAACAAAUAAACGAUGUUGUUUUACCGAAAUGGGCAGCUACUCCUGAAGAAUUUAUUUAUAAACAUAGACUGGCCUUGGAAUCAGAUUAUGUAUCUAGUAACCUACAUGACUGGAUAGAUCUAAUAUUCGGAUACAAACAAAAAGGUCAGGCUGCAGUGGAUGCUGUCAAUGUUUUUUACUUCUGUACUUAUGAAGGUGCUGUGGACCUGGAUGCUGUGAAAAAUCCUCAAGAAAGAAAAGCUCUGGAAGGGAUGAUCAACAAUUUUGGACAAACGCCAACUCAGUUGUUAAAGGAACCUCAUCCAAAACGUCUAUCAAUAGAAGAAGCCAAUAUUAAAGCCACGAAAUCAUCCAAACCACUUAAUCUGUUUUAUUUUGUUAAAGAUCUCACUACUUUCUUUGUUGAGGUGUCAUCUGAUACAGAUCCUCUUGUCUAUGUCAAUGUACCAAGAAAUCAGGCACGGUCUAUUAUACAACAUGGUACUCCUGAUAGUAUGAUCACAGUGACAGAGAAUGGUAUUAUUGGAAUACAUGGUUGGUUGCCCUAUGAUAAAUCAGUUCCGAAUUAUUAUACCUUUGAUAAAGAUCCAACUUUACAAAGUUCUAAAACUAAGAAACAUAUCAAUGGUGUGUUUGAACCAGGGCUAUCUAUAGAAGCCAAGUUAUUUACUGUAUCACAUGACUGUAAGCUGUUAUUCAGUGCUGGACAUUGGGAUAACAGUCUACAAGUGUAUCAUAUCAAUAAAAAUAAAAAAAUCAACCACAUCACAGGACAUAUCGAUGUAAUAACGUGUUUAGCUUUAGAUUAUUGUGGUAAUCAUUUAAUAACUGGUUCUAGAGACCGAACGUGUAUGAUCUGGGAGAUUCUUCAACAGGGUGGAUUUUGUAACAAUAUUAACAAGAAGCCUGUACAGACUCUGUAUGGCCAUGACAGUGAGGUAACAGUGGUACAUAUUUCAGUUGAAUUGGAUCUUGCUGUUUCUGCUGGAAAGGAUGGUACAGUUAUUAUACAUACAGUACGUAAAGGACAUUAUAUGAGAACGUUACGGCCUCCUUGUGAAGAAAAUUAUACCAUCUCCAUACCGUUAUUAGCGGUAUCAGAUAUAGGUCAAGUGGUACUGUACUCUAGAGAGAUUCAUAAUAAUAAAACUCAGGAGAAGAAUACUCUACAUGUUUAUUCUGUCAAUGGUAAACAUUUGUUCUGUGAGACUCUGACAUGUACACUCGGCCAUUUUGUUUUAACUGGUGAUCAUGUGAUACUGGGAGACAGUAAUGGCCAGGUCACCAUCAAACAGAUAUUUGGGUUGAAGAACAUUACAAGUGUCCAACUACGAAUCCCUGUAACUUGUUUGUCUGUAACCAAUGGCAACAGUCAUAUAUUAGUUUGUUUACAAGAUGGAAAGUUAAUCAUUAUUGGAGUCACAUUUAGUAAUGCUUGUCGAUGGGAUAUGGAACAGAAACCAGAUAUCGGAAGCCCCUUGAGCUACAGCCUGUUCACGCAUCUUAUCAUGUGGCUUACAAAUUUGACGAUAUCUCUCAAAACUGAUUACUACCAAAACGAAAAACGAGCCGACCACACUGACAAAAGACGAAUAGAGGACGAAUUUACACAGAAUUUCUGA